CGAAAUACAGCAGACGAUUCACUGGCUGUGGAAUUUGCACUUUCUGAGGACAGAAUGGGCUCUUGGGAGGAACCAAUUGGUUCACUCACUUCCGGCGGAAGUUGGAAUUCUUCAUUCAAUGUUAUCACCCUUUUCUGACUUUCCUCGUGGGCUUCGCUUUUAUUCAGCGACAUUGAAGUGAAGAUGACAAUUCUGAUCAGAGUCGCUGAAGACCUGCUGGCGAUUUCUCGUCUUUCUUGAACAGUGCUCUACUGGUAAUCUCAAGUAUUUGAGGACAUGAAUAAAGAAAUGAUUUAACCAUCAAACAGUUGCAAUAGUUAAUUUUCAUUAUCUACCUUUAAGGCUGCAAUGUAUCACAUCGGUAUCUACUAUUUGUAAUAUAUGCGCUGAUGUCAGCGUGGAACUGGAGGCAAUUUUUCACAGCAUAGUUCAACUUGACAGCGUACAGACGUGGCGUCUCGAUUAUUACCGGCGAACAAUGUCGAAUUUAUCGAAUAAAAUCACAAUAUACAUUUUAUUUUUGCAAUGCUCCUGUUACGCGAACCCAUCAGUUACCAUCAAUCAAGGCCGUUUAACAGGCAUCUACAUAGUAACGAAUAAUGGCCGAAUCGUAUCUGGUUUUUUAGGUAUCCCGUUCGCACAAUCACCAACUGGGAGCCUGAGAUUUAAGGCACCUCAGCCUCCAAAACCCUGGACCGGUACGUACCGAGCUGAAAACGGAAGCAUAAGUUGUACUCAAAUUGAGAAAGGAAAAUUAUCAGGAGUCGAAGACUGUCUCUACCUGAACGUUUAUACACCGCAGCUCCCGGAAGAGAGUUCACUAUUGCUACCAGUAAUGGUAGUAAUUUACGGUGGAAAUUUCGACCACGGUUCGGCAAGUCCUGACAUCUACGGUUCCCAGUAUAUUCUCGAUCACAACGUGGUCCUCGUGGUAAUGAACUACCGUCUGGGCGCCUUGGGCUUCAUGAGCACCGGAGACGAAGCGUCGCCUGGGAAUUACGGGCUGAAGGAUCAGACGAUGGCGCUGCGAUGGGUCCAGAGAAAUAUCGGCGCCUUUGGCGGCGAUGCUGACCAAGUGACCUUGAUUGGGUUGAGUGCCGGUGCAAUAUGUGCUCACUUCUUAUCACUCUCAGACAAGACAAAUGGGUUGUUCCACAAGCUGAUCUUGCACAGUGGAACCGCCACUUGCCUUCACGGAUAUCAAGACAAGUCGCUGGCCGCCAAGACGACUCACGAAAUUGCCGAAUUCUUCGACUGCCCAACCGAAAACUCGACCCUCAUCGUCCGAUGCCUCCGCAAACUGAAAGCGUCCACCCUCGCAUCAUGGAGUAAACCAACACCCGGAUUAUUAUUUUCUCCCACGAACGAACCCGAAUCCGACGAAGCCAUCGUCACCGACAGUCCGGCGAACUUGAUGAACCAAGGGAAAAUGCGGGACUUGCCUUGGAUAUGUGGAAACGUACGUGACGAAGGUCUCUUCGUGACUGCGUACGACUACGCUAACUUAACGCACUUGGAGGAUACUGUACUGCGAUUGAACGAUACCAUUAAAAACGAUAUUGAGCAGCUUGGUAGGAACGACACUGCCGGUUACUUCGAAGCUAUCAUGGACUAUUAUUUUAACGACUGGACAAUUGAUCACACUAUGGUGAUAAAAAAUUACACCUACAUGGUUGAUGACAUAUAUUUUUUUUAUCCGACGAUCGAAUGGCUGGAAACACAAGCGCGUAGCGGGAGCCAAGCAGGAUACAUGUACGUGUUUGAAUAUCGAGGCACAUUCAGUAUAUCCUAUGACAUAACGGGUAACGACACUGAUAUGGGCGUUUGUCAUGGCGACGAUUCAAUGUACUUAUUUCCUCGUGCGAAUUCGAGUUUCGCGGCACUCAAGAAAAACAUGAGUCGGACGGAUUUGAAAAUGAUGAAACAGUUGACGGGACUUUGGGCAUCCUUUGUCACACAUGGGGUACCGACGCUGCCCGAAUGGGGCAGCACCGAACGAUGGUGGAAAUACGAUGCACGUGGCAGUUACCUUCGAAUUGGAAGUAAUUCGGAUCUGUCGUUGAUCAUGAAAACGUCACUUCACGAGAACAGAAUGAAUUUCUGGAGAAAAUUACUGGGUCAACAUAUUUCAGGAUCCGAAGACGCUUCAGCGGGCACCCUUACUACUGUCAUGGCUGGUUACGUAAUUUUAUCUUACGUUUACACUUCUUAAAAAUUCUACUGAUUGAGAGUGACUUUUAGAAGCACUGCAAUACACUGUUACUUUGGUUCUCGUUAAAGAUACAAAAUAUUCGCUUUAAACGA